GAUGGUGACGUUGGGGGCCGGCCCAGGCCUGGGUUGUGGAGGAGCCUGACUACCGGGCUUCCUGUCUCUUCAUUUAAGCACGUCUCUGCAGAGGUAACAAGUGCUCUCCCCAGUGGGCUCCUGGUUGCAGAGCUCCCGGCCCUCACCUAGGCACACUUGUGUGAAAAGCAGAGGAGAAGAAAGACACAGGCCCAGAGGCCCUGCCGUUUCUGCGUUUCUGCAGGGGAAGGCUCAGGUUCCGGCCCGCUUCACCUGGGCAAGGCCACCAUGAACAGGGGAACCUGUUUCAGGCACCUGCUCCUGCUGCUACAGCUAGCGUGGCUUCCAGCAGUCACUCAGGGAAAAGAAGUGGUGCUGGGGAAGGCAGGAGAAACAGUGGAGCUGCCCUGCAAGGCUUCCCAGAAGAAGAACAUGUUCUUCAACUGGAAACAUCCUUCCCAGGUCAAGAUUCUGGGAGGUCAGCGCUCCUUCUGGGUCACAGGUCUCUCCAAGCUGAAAGAUCGCGUUGAAACAAAAAAAAACCUGUGGGACCAAGGAUCCUUUCCUCUGAUCAUCAAGAAUCUUGAAGUAACAGACUCAGGGACCUACAUCUGUGAAGUGGAGGACAAGAAGACAGAGGUGGAAUUGCUGGUGUUCAGAUUGACUGCCAGCUCGGACACCCACAGCAGCAUCCGCCUGCUGCCAGGGCAGAGCCUGACCCUGACCUUGGAGAGCCCGUCUGGUAGUAACCCUUCGGUGCAAUGGAAAGGCCCUGGGAAUAAAAGUAAGAAUGGGGCCAAGAGCCUCUCACUGUCCCAGGUCGGGGUGCAGGAUAGUGGUACCUGGACAUGCACCAUCUCCCAGGACCAGAAGACGCUGGUGUUCAACAUAAACAUCUUGGUGCUGGCUUUCCAGAAAGUCUCUAACACAGUCUAUACGAAAGAGGGGAAGCAGGUGGAGUUCUCCUUCCCACUUACCUUCGCAGAGGACAACCUGAGAGGGGAGCUGACAUGGCAGGUGGAGGGGGCUUCCUCCUCGCAGCUCUGGAUCUCAUUCUCCCUGGAGAACAGGAAGGUGGUUUUGAAAAAGGCUCGCCCUGACCUCAAGCUCUGGAUGGAGGAGAUGCUCCCACUCCGCUUCACCCUGCCCCAGGCUUUGCCUCAGUAUGCUGGUUCUGGAAACCUGAGCUUGGUCCUUGCCAAGGGCGAGUUGAAACAGGAAGUGAACCUUGUGGUGAUGAGAGUGACUAAGUCCCAGAACGAUUUGACCUGUGAGGUGCUUGGACCCACCUCCCCGAAGCUGAUGCUGAGCUUGAAGCUGGAGAACCAGACUGCAAAAGUUUCAAAUCAGCAGAAGCUGGUGAAGGUGCUGGACCCUGUGGCGGGGAUAUGGCAGUGUCUACUGAGUGACGAUGGCAAAGUCCUGCUGGAAUCCAAGGUCGAGGUUUCGCCCACACCAUUCACCCCAGCCUGGCCAAAGCUCCUGGCCAUCGUGCUGGGGGGGAUCGCAGGCCUUCUGCUUUUCACUGGGGUCUUCAUCUUCUGCUGUGUUAAGUGCUGGCACCGCAGGCGCCAGGCAGAACGGAUGUCUCAGAUCAAGAGACUCCUCAGUGAGAAGAAAACCUGCCAGUGCCCCCACCGGUUCCAGAAGACAGGUAACCUCAUUUGAGGCACCGGCCCGGGGAUGCUUCCCACUUGCCGCCUCCCCAGCUGUCUUCCCUGCGUUCCUGUUGGGCUCCUGGACCUGUGGACCAGAUGAAUGUAGCAGAUCCCAGCGCCUCUGGCGGUCUCCUGCUCUCCUUGUCCACACUUGGCCAUGGGUGUUCCUCUUCCAGAGGCUUGUGCACACCAUCUCUUCCCAUUUCCUCUUCACUCAAGCCCUAGCCCUUUGAUUAUUUCCUCUCGGCUCUCUUCCCCCACUUCCCACUUGGAUCCCAGGGAAGCACGUGGGACCAGCCCUGCCUGGCCUGGAGGGUGAAGCUGGGCCUCUGAAGCGUGAAGCACAGGACUGUCAUUUUAAGGGAGAGGACCCUGGGACCAGAGAGGGCAGGGACUAGCCCAAUCACAGCCAGUUCAAGGACAGAUCCAGAUCCAAAGGCUCCUGACUGCCAGCCCCCACUGCUCCAUUCUGCCUGCUUCUUGCCCUGUGUCGGCUGUGCCACAGACUCAUCCUGACCUGUACACAAAGAGGCACCCCUGGACACACACCCACGUACACAGCCCACACUUGUGCACAGACACAACUCCUUAUCACCCAAGCAGCGUGACUCAGUGUACAAACAAGUUUCACAUCGUUUGUCUAUCUGAACCUUAUGAAAAUCCUACAAGGCAGGUAGUGAUGAGACCAAGAUUAGUAUCUCCAGUUUAUAGACCAGAAAUGGAACUCGAAAGGUUAGAUGUGCCCAAGGUCACACAGCUAGAAAGUACCAGAGUCAGGACUAGCCCAGGUCUCUUGCCCCCUAAUUCCACUGCUGUGUCUUGAGCGCAGGGACAAAUACCGCACAGAGCUCUGCUGGCUAGUCACAGAUGCCCAGUAUGCACCUCUGGAUUCACAGGAG